AUGAAUCCCGAACCCAAGUCCAUCUUCACAUCCCAGAAAGAUUUCGGUAACCAAUCAGAGUCUGUACGGCUGAGUCUUCCGAGAAGACAUUCUUUUCAAACCACGUCCCAUGCCGCUGGCGCACUCUUUUCUCCGGUAGCCACCGCCCAAGAAAAAGAAGCAGAUGAAACGUCGCUAGGGAGAACGCAUUUUGUUGAUGUUGGCAGUGGACAAGAUAACGAAACUUACGGAGCGACUCUUGCAAGAACUAGAAAUCCCAGUGUUGGCUGCGAGCUCACGCGCGUCGCACAGGAUGGUGUUGUUUUGAAUACACUGCAAGCAAUAGUUGAGAAUUCCCACAACAAUCGAUACGAUAUCCAAAUACCAGAUAUACUCCCUACCCACCAACCUCGAGAACCCCCAAUACUCUCCACAACACCGCAUGCCUCGAAGCGCCCCCCAGGAGAGAACGCGACCCGAACUGAUUCCCUUUUAGAAAGGCCCGCAAAGAGGGUGAGACCACGGCUCAAAUCCCGACACACGCUUGAUCCAGUUGCUUUCCAAGCUGUAAAUUUCACUCCUCAGCCGGAGGUUCCAACUUCGCCUCUUUUCUUUUCCGCCCACAGCUCGAGGCAUCGUCCUCUUAUAAAGCCACCAUAUUAUAACCCUGUCGCAGUCACCAAGAUGUUGAACAGAGCGAGGGACGAGUCUGGGCCCAUCACAACACUCAAGCUUGCGCGUGGAAGCAUGAGUAGUGUGUCGAGCCCACCACGUUCAAUAGCCAACUCCGGUAGCAUGAGUUCUGCAUUCGAUAGAAAAAGCAGCCAUCAGAGUCCAGAUUUAAAAGGAAAAUCUCCUGGGCUGCAGAUCCUUGGCUCGGUCGGAAUCACUGAAUUACUCGAACAAGAUGAGAGACCAACAUUCAUAAUAGAUGUUGCCAAUCCUGCCAAUUUCAGUCCAGGUGGGCCGCUGAUCAUUAUAUUUGCAAAUGCAUCGCUACGUGGUUACGAUUCGAUUCUGGGGAUGGUCACAGGUAAAGAAGUCUAUGAUAAUCCAGGUAUCGUGCACGAUUUCCCUGAAUUCAAAGCGUGGGCACUGAGCUUCGUGAAAAACAACGAAUCCAUGGAUGUUUGCUUACCUUCAUUCGCGUAUGGUGGACUUAGUUGGACAUGUAGCACAUUGAGGAGGCGGCUACGACUUAUCAGUGGUAGUGGGAACAGCAUUGCCUCUGGUGGAGGAUCAUCAACUUCCAAUAAUGGUGCUGCUGGCUCUACAAGUUCGCCAAAUAUUAUCGAACGAAGUCGCGCCCCUAGUAGUCUACCCAUUGGCCGUUCCCCACUCAUACAAUUAUCAGAGCCUUUUGAUUACUUUGGGGAUAUCUCAAAUGAAGACGAGAACAUUACUCGCGUGACCUCUCAAGAACCAGUUUCGAGUCCAAUGAGCACAGACGAGGUGCCUUCUCCUCGACAGGCUAUGAUAGCUGCCCAAAAACCAAGUUUGACACGCGAAAUGCUCAAUACUAGGUACCCUGAGAACUCAUCUUUUGACUGGACAAGAAUACCACUUUCAGCUGCGCUUCCUAAACAUAUACAAUUUGCCCGGAGUAUUGACUGGGCAUCGACCGCAUUAGGACCAAUUGAGGAUUGGAGUUUCGACUUAAGAGCCAUGUGCAAUCUGAUUAUGGGUAGUCCUCAUCCCGCAGCGAUGUACUGGGGGCCUGAAUACAUCGCCAUAUAUAAUGAAGCGUAUAUAAUGUUGGCGGGUAAAAAGCACCCUCAACUGAUGGGCCAGAGUUACAAAGUAGCCUGGGCAGAGAUCUGGGAUGAGAUUGAAGAUGUAUUCCUCAAUGCAAGACUGUCCGGACAGUCCACGAUGAAAGACGACGACUGCCUGUUUAUCAAAAGAAACGAGUACUACGAAGAAUCAUACUUUUCUUGGUCGAUCAUCCCUCUAAUCGGCGAAGAUGGCUCUGUCGUCGGACUCUAUAAUCCUGCGUUCGACAAAACUCGUCGAAAAAUAGCUGAGCGAAGAAUGCUUACGUUGCGAGAGAUUGGCGAUAAGACAGCUGCUGCGCGCGAAGUUAAGGGUUUUUGGAAUCAAGUAAUAAAAGGGCUUGAAUACAAUGAACACGAUGUGCCGUUUGCGAUUAUAUACUCCGUUUCCGACGACUCUGAUAGCGAGAUGAGCAGUAUACACAGCGGAUCUCUCUCCCAAGCGCCCCAAUGCGUAUUAGAAGGCGCACUUGGAGUUCCCCAGGGACACAAGUCUCGCGUAAGCCCCUUGGACUUGAAAACCAGUGACGAGGGCUUUGCACCUUAUUUAAGAGAAUCAAUGAAGACUGGUAGGACGGUUCUUUUGACUGUGGACGAUGGAACCCUCUCAGGGGAUUUAUUAGAAGGCAUUGAGUGUCGAGGUUGGGGAGACGCCUGCCGUGCGGUCGUCGUCUGCCCAAUUCAUCCCACCACUGGGGAGUCCAUACUUGGAUUCUUGGUCAUGGGAACCAAUCCUAGGCGGCCAUUCGACGAUGACUACAGCCUUUUUAUCCAACUCAUCAGUCGUCAGCUUGCCACAUCGAUGGCCUCGGUUGUGUUAUUCGAAGAAGAGAUCAGACGCGGACAAAGGGCUGCUAGACUCGCUGCUCUGGAUCGACAAGAGCUUUCUAAACAACUAGACUUGCGGACUAAGGAGAAGGUGGAAAGUGAAACGAAGUUCACACGAAUGGCAGAAUUUGCUCCAGUUGGCAUGUUCAUUGCUAGUUCGACGGGCCAGAUCACUUACAGUAAUGACACUUGGUGGGAAAUAUCUAGGCAUCCAAGGUCGCUUAACAGCGCAAAUAGUUGGAUGGACAGCAUCAUGGAUGAAGACCGCUCAAAAGUUGAGACCGUAUGGGAUACUCUAGUGGACAGCAAGACCGCGGUUACUCAUGAAUUCCGAUUCAAAACGCCCUGGCAAGACCCGAAUGGUAACAUGACAGAUACUUGGGUUCUGAUGAGCGCAUAUCCCGAGAAGGACGAGAAUGGAGGCUUGAAGAGUGUUUUUGGUAGUAUCACUAAUAUUUCCGCCCAAAAAUCUGCCGAGGACUUCCAGAAAAGGCGAAUGGAGGAGGCCAUGGAGCUCAAGAGGCAACAAGAGAAUUUCAUUGAUAUGACAUCGCACGAAAUGAGGAAUCCACUAUCAGCAAUCCUCCAAUGUAGUGACGAGAUAUCCACAUCUUUGGCUGCGUACAAAGCUGUGAGACCCGAGAGUCGCUCCGAGGAACAACUAUUGGAGAUUCUCGAUGACAGCAUUGAUGCUAGUCAAACCAUUGCCCUCUGUGCCCAGCAUCAAAAGCGUAUCGUCGAUGAUAUUCUUACCCUUUCAAAGCUGGACUCCGCGCUUCUGGUUGUUACGCCAGUCGAUGUAUAUCCUGUUGAGGUCGUCCAGCGGGCACUGAAAAUGUUCGAGGGAGAGCUUGAGACUAACGAUAUUUCUAUGCGCUUUCAGAUUGAGCAGUCCUAUCUGGACUUGCAAGUAGGACGUGUAAAGUUGGAUCCUUCUCGUUUGCUCCAGGUAUUGAUAAACCUCACCACAAAUGCUAUCAAAUUCAGCGCGGGAGCGGAAAAGAGAACCAUAGUUGUCAGUAUUGGAGCUACAUCUGAGCGUCCAAGUGGCACAGAGUCUGGCGUCACGUACUUUCCCAGCCGGUCGAAGACCAAGGAUGUCACGACAGAUGAUGCUGAAUGGGGAAGGGGUGACAACAUUUUUCUUCUAUUCGCAGUUGAAGAUACUGGACGAGGUUUAGAUGAAAAAGAGAAAGUGUUGUUGUUCCAGAGAUUCCGACAAGCAAGUCCUCGAACUCAUGUGCAAUAUGGCGGUAGUGGGUUGGGUCUGUUUAUUUCUCGAGAGCUCACCGAAUUACAAGGAGGUGAGAUUGGAGUCGCUUCAGAGAGGGGCGUUGGCAGCACUUUUGCGUUUUACGUUCGAGCCCGCAAGGUUCCUAAUGAUCAGGCUGAUGCGUCAGUUACGCAGAAAAUGUCUACGUUGAGAAGGAACUCUUCAAACUCUGCCGUCAUAAUGGAAAGCCGGAGAGGAUCUUCAGGUAAAUCCGCAGGUCGGUCAAGUGGUGGCGACGUACCAACCCACAGGAGAAAAUCACCAAACACAUCAACCGAGAGCACAGUACUCUCGCCAGUCGAACCCCUGAGACCGGCGCUUGACUUUGGGCAAACUAGAGUCCUGAUCGUGGAAGAUAAUCUAGUCAAUCAAAAGGUGUUACAGAAACAACUUAAAAAUGUUGGUUUUCUGGUGGAAGUUGCAAAUCAUGGCGGUGAAGCACUGGAUAUUAUCAAAUCUUCGAGCUUUUGGAACGGCAACGAAAAGGAAGGCGCUGAUCUUGCUGUCAUCUUGAUGGAUCUGGAAAUGCCUAUCAUGGACGGUCUCACUGCGACUAUGAAGAUUCGAGAAUUGGAAACUGAGGGGACAAUCGUUAAACAUGUUCCUAUUAUCGCCGUUACUGCAAACGCACGGCUCGAGCAAAUUGAGACGGCCAUGUCGGCUGGCAUGGACGAUGUCGUCUCUAAACCUUUCAGGAUACCGGAACUUGUUCCUAAAAUUGAAGAGCUGGUUGCGAAGAGCAAAUCAGCUACCUCACCUGCUAGUUUACCUUUGCGAAAAUGA